CUGCUGCCAUGUUUCAUAAACGAAGAAGAAGAAGAAGCUUCGCACUGACUGCAUGGAACAUUUUGGCUAACUAGCGCAGCUACCAGCAUCCGGGUACUUCAUGUUUAGACACCUCUCGCUGCUCCUCUCCUCCUCCUCCUCCUCCUCCUCCCGAGGUCUCUCAGCCUCCUCUGCAGGAUGGAGCCCGCCGUGGUGAGGUGUCUCCCCGGGGAGCCCAAACUCACCAUCUCCUUCCGCCUGGAGGGCAGCAACAAGCACAUGCUGCGGGACCAGGACGAGGCUCUGGGGAGGGUCCUGACCCGGAUCUCCACCGGCCUCCUGAAGGGAGCAGGGAGGGAGAAGAAGAGCAGGAGGAGCAGGGGAGCUCAGCAGCAGAUGAUGAGUAGAGCAGAGCCCGUUGCAGUGAAGCUGUACUACGAGGGGGAAGAGGUGUCCGACACGGUGCUGAACGCGGAGGCGUGGAGGGACGGAGCCGUGCUGCAGGUGGGGGACGUCAAAUACUCGAUCCAGAGGAACGCACCCACUUUCACCCUGGCUGAGCUUCCGGUGUCCCUGCUGGCCGGGUUCCCCGUCUGUCCCAACCUGGAGGUGGAGUUUGGGAACCUCCAGGACUCUGAGUUCACCUGGUAUAGAGAAAAUGCACCAACCACAAGCCCUGAAGCUGCCGAAGAACUUCCAGGUCAGGACAGCGGUUGGACAGAGGUAGGACGCGGGAGAGUCCACGUCCCGUCCAAUGAGGACAUCGGCUUCAGGCUCAAACUGCACUGCACACCUAAGAAUGGAGGACGCAGCGGCCCGGCCAAGGAGCUGGUCUCUGUGGGAGCCGUGGAGGCCGGACCGGGCGUGUGCACGUUCGACAACCGACACGCCUACACUAUCAGAGAGGCGGAGUGGCCGGCCGUGAGGGUGGUGACGUACAACAUCCUGGCCGAUGUCUACGCUCAGACAGAACUGUCCAAGACGGUGCUUUACCCGUACUGCGCCCCCUACGCCCUGCAUCUGGACUACAGACAGAACCUGAUCAAGAAGGAGCUGGCCGGAUACAACGCUGACAUCAUCUGUCUGCAGGAGGUCGACAAAGGGGUGUUCUCCGACAGUCUGACUCCAGCUCUGGAUGCCUUCGGUCUGGAAGGUGUUUUUAGGAUCAAAGAGAAGCAGCAUGAAGGACUGGCCACUUUCUACCGCAGGUCAAAGUUUCAGCUGCUGAGCCGUCAUGACAUCGUGCUGAGCGAGGCUCUGACCUCUGACCCCAUCCACUCUACGCUGCUGGAGAGCGUUUCUGCUAACAGCGCCUUGAAGAAGAAGAUUCUGCAGAGAUCCACCGUCCUGCAGGUCAGUGUGCUCGAGGACCUGAAGGAACCAGGAAGGAAGGUCUGUGUGGCCAACACUCACCUGUACUGGCACCCGAAAGGAGGGAACCUUCGUUUGGUCCAGAUGGGCGUGGCUCUGCAACACCUGAAUCAUGUGAUCAACGAGGUCGCACCUGGAGCCCCUCUGGUCUUUUGUGGUGACUUUAAUUCACCCCCUCACUCAGGUGUGUUCCAGCUGCUCAGUGAGACGGCGGUUCCUCCACAACAUGCAGACUGGAGCAGCUCUGGUCCGGAGGAGUCCUGCAGUAUGGAGCUGCUCUCUGCUUUCCCGCUGCUGAGCGCCUACGGCCAGCCAGCCUACACAAACUACGUGGGAGGAUUUCACGGUUGCCUGGACUACAUCUUCAUACAGCCAGACAGCAUGCAGGUGGAGCAGGUGAUUCCUCUGCCCAGCCACCAGGAGGUCACCACCUACGAGGCUCUGCCCAGCGUCGCUCAUCCCUCCGAUCACAUCGCUCUGAUCUGUGACCUGCGCUGGAACCCCUGACCCUUUUAACCUUUGACUUCAAACCAAUCUGGACAAAAGACAAUUGGGGCCAUCAGUUUGUCCUUUAAAUACAUCCUGACUUUGGAUUUUUCAUUUACUUGAAUGAAGUCGGAGCAUGAAAACCCGCAGGUUUACUGACGAUCCAUGAAAGACUGUUUUAAAUUACAAUAUUCACUAUUGUGAUGAAGUCCAUAUUGUAUUAUUUACACUAAAAUAAUAUAUGAAUUCUAAUCACUGAUAUUCAGUGUUGGGGUUGUUAAUGGAAAAAGUGAUGGAUUGCAAAUAAUUAUUUUUCUUUGAAUUACUAAUUAUUUGGGUUGUACUCCUGACAGAGUACUGCAUCAUUUUAGGUUCAUCAUUUUUAUUAAUCGCAGAUCAUAUUAACCAACAGAAGUAAAUUGCCUCCUGUUGUUAAAACACAUUUUAGUUCACAUUGGCUUUUAUUCGCUCAAAAAAUAAAUAUUUUAAGAAAGACAUUCAUUAUUACUAUUAUUUGCCAUACAAGUUGCUCAG